AUGGCGCCUGCCGAGGACGACCAGCAGCCGCUGCACAUGCUCUUCUUCCCCUACCUCAUCCCGAUGGCCGACAUCGCCGCGCUCUUCGCGGCUAGCAGCGCCCGGUGCACCAUCCUCACCACGCCCGUGCAAGCUUCCAUCAUCCGCUCCAUCGUCAACCUCCGUUCCCCGCCAAUCGACAUCGUCGUCGUGCCUUUCCCUGAGGUCGGUCUUUCGCCGGGCGCCCAGAGCGGCUUCCCUGGUGACCAUGGCAAGCUCCAGCAGGCGGCGCGGCUGCUCCGGGAGCCAUUCCGGCAGUUCCUUGCCGACCACCACGCCGGCCUCGACGCCGUGGUCUCCGAUAGCUUCUUCCCCUGGUCGCUGGACGUCGCGGCUGAGUAUGGCGUCCCGCGGCUCGCGUUCCUCGGCACCAGCAUGUUCGCCCGGUGCUGCGCCGAAAGCUUGCUGCGCAACCACAACCCCGACGACGACGACGACGACGGGGGUGAUCCCAACGCCGUCUUCUCCGUACCCGGGCUGCCGCACCGCGUGGAGCUGAGGCGGAGCCAGAUGAUGAGGCGCCCGGACCAGUUGGCGUUCGUCAAGGGCAUCUACGCCGCGGACCAGAAAAGCUACGGCGAGCUGGUCAACAGCUUCCACGAGCUCGAGCCGGACUACGUGGAGCACUACCGCACGACGCUCCGCCGCCGCGCGUGGCUCAUCGGGCCGGUGGCACUCGCUAGCGGCAGCAAGGACGAGGCGUCCAAAGGCACCGACGCGCUCUCGCCGGACGCGGACGGCUGCAUCCCCUGGCUCGACGCCAAGCCGGCUGGAUCGGUAGUCUUCGUCGCCUUCGGCACGCUAUCCAGCUUCUCGCCGGAGCAGCUCCCGGAGCUCGCCCGCGGCCUCGACCUCUCCGGAAAGAACUUCGUGUGGGUCAUCCCCGACGCCGACGCAGCAUCGUCGGCCAUAUGGAUGCCGGAAGGCUUCCCGAGGGCUACUCGUGGUUACAUCAUCCGCGGCUGGGCGCCGCAGGUGCUCAUCCUAAACCACCCAGCGGUCGGCUGCUUUCUGACGCACUGCGGGUGGAACUCGACGCUGGAGGCGGCGAGCGCCGGCGUGCCGAUGGUGACGUGGCCGCGCCACGCCGACCAGUUCUUCAACGAGAAGCUGGUCGUGGACGUGCUCGAGGUCGGCGUCAGCGUCGGCGCCAAGGACUACGGGUCGUCCACGGAGACCCAUCGGGUGAUCGGCGCCGAGAUGAUCGGCGACGCCGUCAGGUUAUUGAUGGAGGAGGUCGAAGGUGACGCGAUGCGAAGAAGGGCGAGCGACCUCGGCCUAAAAGCGAGGAGCGCAGUGGAGAAGGGUGGAUCGUCCUACGGUGAUGCUGGACAGCUGCUGGAUGAGCUCAUGGCCCGCCGGAGUCGGUAA